CUGUUCCCACGAAUAAAUGUGACAACGGCGUAAACUGGGCACAUGUCAAAAGUCUCUGGUCAAAAUGCGGGCGUUGUUUGGAAACAUACAAAUUCAAUUCUAUAUUAAAGUGAUCAUAAUAAAACUCUAAACGUAAACACGGCCUUAUAAACUACAGUUACGAUGUGAAUUUCAUAAUGGCCUUAUUGAGCCAGGGUUUUUGAGUUUUUAAGGAAAAGUUCUGCUAAGGUCUGUUGAGAAGAUGAAGCUUGCCAAUUAUUUGAUUAUAAACCUAUAUCUAAUAUUAUAUGUGAACACAUGCAGUGCCUAUUUAAAUCUAUAUUUAAGCUCUCAGGAAGUACAAAGACUAUUAGGUUUAGGAAUCCCAGCCGAAUUGUAUUAUAUAAGAGACGAUUUAAUUAGCCAACAUGCGUUAAAUUUUUCCCUCUUAAUUCCCCCAACUGUAAACGAUUUAUAUUUCACGUGGCAAAACAUUGAGGGACAACAAAUUGCGUACUCUAUAAAAGUAAAAACGUCCAACACAGAAGCAAUUCCAAAAACCAGACUCAGCAUACCCUCAGUCGGUCAUGUACCGUCGUCUUCUCAAACUUUCGCAGUGAAUGUACCAUGUUCCGGUGCUGUAGAAGCGGAAGUUCAUAUAUCAAUUAUUGUCGACAUUAUCUUCGCUAAGGACAAAACAGAUAAUCUUAAGAUUCUGAGCAAGAAACCCUGUCUGAAUGCGAACGUUGACCGUUCUGUGACGGUGAAUAAUUUACCUCAAUUCGCAAACUCGUCAAGUAUUUUUUAUAUAGCAGUAUGUAGUGCAGUAUUACUUAUAUGCGUCUUAGCAAUUUUGAUAACCUUGUAUUACGUGAAAAAUAAGAAAAUCAGAACGACUGAAAGUGGCGGAAGUGCGCCCACUACAACUACCACAACGUUUCUAGCCGCAUUGCCUAGGAAUAGUGUAAAUGCUUCUUCCUAUGGAAGUUUCAGAAGAAUGCCCAGUUACUCACUAUUAGAUGAUAGAUCAAGGGAUUUACAAGAAAGAAUUACCGAGCUAACCAUUCAAAGGUGCAGAGUUCGCCAGACCAGCAUUGUACUGGAAGGCACGUUUGGAAGAGUAUAUCAAGGAUCUUACACCAACGAAGAAGGAAUCGAAGAGACUGUAAUAAUUAAGACUGUAGCAGAGCAUGCGAGCCAAGUACAAAUAUCUUUACUUCUCCAAGAAGGGAUGGCAAUGUAUUCACUAAAUCACAAGAAUAUUCUGAGCAUUUUGCGGGUUUCUAUUGAAGACCACACCACCCCACUUCUUCUUUAUCCAUACAAUGACAACACAAAUCUGAAGAUAUUUCUACAAAAAUGCAAAGUCUCAUCUGAGGGUGUUCACCACACUUUAACAACACAAGAAGUGGUGCAUAUGGCUUUGCAAAUUAUCAAGGCAAUGCAGUAUCUUCACAAGAAGCAUUUACUGCAUAAAGACUUGGCGGCAAGAAACUGUGUGGUGGAUGAUAAUUUAACCGUGCAAAUAGCGGACAAUGCAUUGUCCAGAGACUUAUUCCCAUCCGAUUAUCAUUGUUUGGGAGACAAUGAAAACAGGCCAGUUAAGUGGUUGGCUUUGGAAAGCCUCCUCCAUAAAACCUUCACUUGUGCUUCAGACGUUUGGUCAUUUGGAGUCCUCUUGUGGGAAUUAACGACUCUGGCUCAACAGCCUUAUAUUGAAAUUGACCCAUUUGAAAUGGGGGCCUAUUUAAAAGAUGGAUAUCGGUUGGCGCAGCCAAUAAAUUGUCCAGACGAACUAUUCGCUGUUAUGGCCUAUUGUUGGGCGAUGAGCUCAGAAGAACGACCUACAUUUAAUCAGCUUCACGUGUGCUUGGAAGAGUUUUAUACACAACUAACCAAAUAUGUCUGACAAAAGUGUAUAUCUCUUUCGAUGUUAAUUUCCUAAUUUCUACUAAGUGCCAAAUUUGACAGAAUAUAUUGCCAAAUAUUUAAUACAAACGGUAGAUUUGUGUGUAAAAAAUGCUUGCAAUUUACUAUAUCUGAGAUUUUAUUUCAUCUUGCGUGGUAGCGUUUGUUCCCGGUGAUUAGAAAAAAAUAAUUUUUGUUCAACCACAUUAUUGUUACAGCACGGCAAAAAUUCACAGAAACAAAAAUAUUUAAUACUCUUCCAUAGCUCAGAACAGACUGCUAAAAAGCUUGGAAUGGGCUAUACUUGUGUUGGUAAAGUCUACUUAUUUUUUGUAUUUAUUUGCGAUUAAAGUAUUUUCUUGUGAAUAAA